AUGAAGAACCCAAUGCUAGAGGCGGUGUCCCUCCUGCUGGAGAAAUUGCUCCUCAUCUCCAACUUCAAGCUCUUCAGUCCGGACGCCCCGGGGGAAGACAGGGCAAGGAGCAGUUCCCACGAGCUCAGCUCCUUCCGCCGCGGCGACGUCCUGGAGGUGCCCCGGACCCACCUGACCCAUUAUGGCAUCUACCUGGGCGACAACCGUGUCGCCCACAUGAUGCCCGACAUCCUCCUGGCUCUCACCAAGGACAAGAGGCUCACGCAGAAGGUGGUCUCCAACAAGCGUCUCCUCCUGGGCGUCAUCGGCAGGGUGGCGAGCAUCCGCGUGGACACCGUGGACGACUUCGCCUACGGGGCGGAGAUCCUGGUCAAUCACCUGGACAAGUCCCUCCAGAGGAAGGCCCUGCCCAACGAAGAGGUGGCUCAGAGAGCAGAGAAGCUGCUGGGCAUCACCCCCUACAGCCUGCUGUGGAACAACUGCGAGCACUUUGUGACUUACUGCAGAUUCGGCGCCGGGGUCAGCCCCCAGGCAGACAAGUUUUGUGAGAAUUUGAAGAUAAUUAUUCGUGAUCAGAGAAGUGUUCUUGCUUCGGCACUCUUGGGAUUGGCGGCCAUCACCUGCCUGGGCAUGGCAUCAUAUACUACUCUUCCAGCUAUCCUUAUUCCAUUCUGCUUAUGGAUGGCUGGCUAA